CGAGCCCUGAGGGGCCCCAGAACAGCCCAGACGUCUUGCAGAUUUGCGAGAGCCCCCAGAACCCGUCAGGGAGCACAAAAUCCCCUUCUCCUGCUCCCACCGCGUCCUCGGGUGUUCAGGGCUCCCCUCCAUCGGGGUGCCCUGAUUCUCCAAGGCGUGGAGGGCUGAGGAUCCUUCCCCCCUUCGGGAGGCACCUCUGAAUCAGGCGGCAGCCGCCCUCCCCAGAAGCCCUCGGCUCCGCCCCACGCCGUUUUCAAGCCGCCUCUCGGGCCUGGACAAGCCGCGCCCUCCUGACAGCCUCCCCAGGGUCCCGACCACGAUCUGCCGAAAGGGAGGGGGGCGGAUCCACACAGUGGAGGGCUGAAGCGCAGGGGGAGGUGCUUCCGGGACAGAGGGCAGGCAAGAUGGCGGCGCCCAUGGAGCUGUUCUGCUGGUCAGGGGGCUGGGGGCUGCCGUCAGUGGACCUGGACAGCCUGGCCGUGCUGACCUAUGCCAGAUUUACUGGUGCCCCACUCAAGGUGCACAAGAUCACCAACCCCUGGCGGAGUCCUUCAGGAACUCUGCCUGCCCUUCGGACCAGUCAUGGAGAGGUCAUCUCAGUACCACACAAGAUCAUCACCCACCUUCGAAAAGAGCAACAGGCUACUGACUGGGCCCAGGCGAGGGGGCCUCCGCAAGAAAAGCUCCUUGCUCUACCUCUGCUGCGCUCAGAGGUCAAGGUGGGUGGUGCCAGACAAGAGGCCUCCCUCCUUGAGGAAGUGUCCCUGCAGUCCCCCAGCAUCCACUUCUCACCAUGGACGUUUCCUCCACAGAAGUACAAUGCUGAUUACGACCUGUCAGCCCGGCAAGGAGCAGACACCUUGGCUUUCAUGUCUUUGCUGGAGGAGAAGCUGCUCCCAGUGCUGAUACAUACUUUUUGGGUAGACGCCAAGAACUAUGUAGAAGUGACCCGGAAGUGGUAUGCAGAGGCUAUGCCCUUUCCCCUCAACUUCUUCCUGCCUGGCCGCAUGCAGCGGCAAUACAUGGAACGGCUGCAGCUGCUGUGUGGGGAGCACAGGCCUGAGGAUGAGGAGGAGCUGGAGAAGGAGCUAUACCAGGAGGCCCGAGAAUGCCUGACUCUUCUCUCUCAGCGCCUGGGCUCUCAGAAAUUCUUCUUUGGAGAUGCCCCCGCCUCCCUGGAUGCCUUCGUCUUCAGCUACCUGGCCCUGCUGCAACAGGCGAAGCUGCCCAGUGGGAAACUGCAGGCCCACCUGCGGGGGCUGCACAAUCUCUGUGCCUAUUGCACCCACAUCCUCAGCCUAUACUUCCCCUGGGAAGGAGCUGAGGCACCACCUCCACGCCAGACACCAGCGAACCCAGAGACUGAGGAGGAGCCGUACCGGCGCCGGAACCAGAUCCUAACCGUGUUGGCGGGGCUGGCAGCCAUGGCCGGCUACGCCUUACUCAGCGGCAUUGUCUCCAUCCAGCGGGCACCAUCUGCCCGGGCCCCAGGCACCCAGGCCCUGGGCAUGGCUGAGGAGGAUGAAGAGGAAUGAUUUGUCCUCAUGCUCUCGGGACUGAUUUUUCUACUGUCAUGCAUUCCAGAGGCUCCUGUGUUUCCCCAUUGUUGGUAUGGUGGAAAUGGGGUGCCACCCCCCCCUGAAAUAAAACUGCUCACAUGGACUGAGA